UACGCUUCAUUGGAUAUGCGUAAAUACCCCGCGUGUGUAAUCGACGAACCCUUUUAUUGGGUUUGUUGACAAUACGGUUACACAUACAUGCUUUUAUUAGUUAUACCAACCACGCCCGCGUAAGUUUCUUUAUCGAGUUGUUCAUCAGUAAUUAAGCUUCUUGGAUUUAGGCUAUUUUCAUCACUAGUUGAGUGUCAAGAAUAAUAUCAAAAUGGUGGACGGUUGUGGUCUAAAUUGUAUGAAAUACUUGCUUUUUGUGUUCAACUUUAUAAUAUGGCUCGGUGGCCUUGGCUUACUUGCUCUUGGUAUAAUCCUAUACUUCGGAAUUGAAGACUGGAUUCCUAUUGAAGAUUUAGCGAUGAUACUGGACAACGACCUCUUACGGAGCAGCGCCUUCAUUCUCAUUGGAGCAGGUGCUCUCGUCUUUCUCCUCGCUUUCUGCGGAUGUUGCGGCGCCAUAAUGGAAAGCAAGUGCCUCUUAGUCCUUUUGGAUUGCUGUGGGUUUGUAAAUGGAGGAGACUACGACAACGAACAGAAUGCUGAUGUAUAUUCUAUGUAUCAGUUUAACAGCAAAAAACAGGACCCAGGAUUCCCCAACUUCCCAGAGAGCUGCUGUGUGGGAGCUAAAGACUCUGACUAUACAGCUUCUGACCCUACGCUAUGUAGAAAUGAAUGGGACGCAGACCCUACAGGCAAGAACGCAAAAUAUUACCAUGGCGAGGGUUGCAAAUCAAAAGUAAAAAGUUUAGUUGAUGACUAUAUUAUUUGGAUUGGAGCUGGUGCCAUUGGAGUUGCCUGUGUAGAGCUGUUCUGUAUGCUGUUUGCGAUAUGUUUGUGCCGAAAUGUUGACGACACAGAAUAAAUAAAAUCAAUACAUGCUGAAUCGGUAGCAUAAAUGCUGCGUCUGUAAGAGCCUUCGUUACGCAGCGUUAGUCAAGGGGUAUACUCUUCUAUCAGUUCUACUUGAAAACGAAGUCAUUUCUGUAGCAGACAUUUUACUAUCUUUACAUUUAAAUGACAUAUUGGGUUUUUUUUUAGACUUUCCUAUAAAAUGUAUAAAUAGCAUGCUUAGUAUGUAAAUAUAUAUAUUUGGUUGAAAGUAAGUGGUAUAAAUUUCUGUAUAUAUAUUGUUUGAGCCACCAAAUUUUUUAUUAAAAGUUAAUGUCAGUAACAAGGGUAAGAGCAUAUGAGACUGUUAUCAUGACAAAGUUUAGUUUGAGUAACAUAGUAAACAUUUGACCAAUCAGAAGGCUUGUGUUGAGUAAAUAUAUUUAGGACUGCCAAAACAAGCAAUGUCACAAAAAUAUAUUUCUGUUGCCAGUGCAAAUGUUAUAUAAAUGGGAAGCAUUUCAUGUCGCUGUUUCAUACCUCAAAACAUAUCUAUGAAAUACGUAAAUGGACGUGCAGUAUUGUAAAACACUAGCUCUUGGAACAAAAUGCCAAUAUGCAGUUUUGAUGUUAUAAACUUGUAAUAAAAAUAUUCGUGUUGGUAUUAACUAUUUAUUAGUUUUACUUCUUAUCCUGACAAAAUACUGAUGUUAAAUUAAAAAUUGAUAAGAUAACCUUUCUCUUUGAGAGUAUGGUAUCAAAAUGAAAUCAGAAUUAUUAAGCCAAAGUUGGAGGGCCCACUAUUAAGUCCCAACAAUUGGCAUAUUUUCAAUCUUGAAUUUUGAAUUGUAGAUGAAGUUAGUAUUUUAGUAAUAUGAGCAAUAUAUUAUAUUUGUAUAUUUUGGUAAAAAUUGUCCAGAUUUGGUGAUGGUUAUUUUCUGUCGUUUAGUUAUGUAGAAUUUCAUAUACUAUGUAGUCAUUCCAGUGUUGUUUGUAGAAUUGUAAUAUUAAUUUUGGCUGAAUUUUUACAUGUUCUUAAUAUUGAUCGAUUCUGAACCAUAUGUAUUUAUGCUUAUAUCAGCAAAGACCUUGUUUAAAUAUGUUUUAGCAUCGUGACUUGGUUAGUAAUUAUGAAGUGGUUAGUAACUUAGACCUGGUUAGUAAUUAUGACUUGGUUAGUAAUUAUUACUUAAUAAUUAUGACUUUGUUAGUUAUGACUUGGUUGGUAAUUAUGACUUGGUUAUUAUUACUUGACUUGGUUGGUUAUUAUGACUUGGUUUAGUAACUUUGACUUGUUAGUAAUUAUUUGACUUGGUUGGUAAUUAUGACUUGGUUUAGUAACUUUGACUUGGUUAGUAAUUAUGACUUGGUUUGUAAUUAUGACUUGGUUAGGAACUUAAACUUUGUUAGUAAUUAUGAUUUGGUUAGUAGUUAUGUCUUUGUUAGUAAUUAUCAAUGGUAUUAUUUUUAUAGUUUUCCUGUUUUUAAUUUUUCAGAUUAUGUCUUAAAACACCUGUCUGUUUCGAUUUAUACUCUAGAAGUUAUCUUCAAUCCCAUAAUAUACUGUGGAUAAAGUAAACCUAAUCUAUUUCUUAUCUAAGAAAAAUGUAUACAUGUAUAUUGACAUUUUUCAAAACUAUUAAGAUUUAUAUAUAAUAAUUUUUGCAAAAUUAAACAUUCAUUGAGAACAUUAGUCAUAAAUGGAACUUCUUGGCCUCAUAGUUGUUAGUAUAUACAAUAACUGAUUUGAGAUUUAAUGCAAAUGAAGGCCGAUUCCUAUUUUCUUAAUUAACAAUUACCUAACCACAGAAACAAGUGAUUCUUAUAGCCAUGUUCUCAUAUAUAUUUAACUAUCAAUAGUUUUAGAAACUGGAAAGAAAAACCUGACUUGCUUGUUUUUAAUUAUCUUUAUAAUAUGUAGUGUUUUUCAAACUAUUUUUGUGAUAAAGUGUUUUUUAUAUAAACUGUUAUUUUUCUUUCUUUUUAUUUAUUUGUAAAAUUGUGUGGUCUUCAAUUCUAUUUUUCUAUCAAACUUCUGGUUCAUUCAGACAACGGUGAAUAAAGGUUCUAUUUACAAUA